AUGUCUUUUUCAGGGAGAGAUAUAAAUGAUUAUUCUGAUGAGGAAGAUUCGCCUUCGAAUUCUAAUUUCCUGCCAGCACAUUUGCUUGAAGGAAAUUUGUUCCAUAGUUCUGACACCAGUACAUUGCUUGCAGUGACUGGUCAAGAAGGUAAAUCUGGUAGCGCAAUCAAGGUUGUAGUUCCACAGCCUGCACUCCCAAAACAAUUUCCAGGUCAAGGACCUGAAUUCCAACAAUACCCAGGUCAAGGACCUGAAUUCCAACACGUUCCAGGUCAAGGACCUGAAUUCCAACAAUACCCAGGUCAAGGACCUGAAUUCCAACAAUACCCAGGUCAAGGACCUGAAUUCCAACAAUACCCAGGUCAAGGACCUGAAUUCCAACAAUACCCAGGUCAAGGACCUGAAUUCCAACACGUUCCAGGUCAAGGACCUGAAUUCCAACAAUACCCAGGUCAAGGACCUGAAUUCCAACACGUUCCAGGUCCAGGACCUGAAUCACCCAAGGUUGCCAACGAGGUGGAGAUGACAGAUGUAGGAAAUCCAACAGAGGAGCCUGCGCCUGAGAGUCUCAAACCCGUAGCACCAGCACCCGAGAAGACUGAUAAAAAAGUCGAUGACAAAGCUUGGUGCGGUCCUUGUAAAGAUAGAACCGGUAAUGGUUUUGCCGGCCAUUGGACAAAAUCCUGUCCUUUUGCUGCUGAGAGUGGUUUCAUGGAAGCAUGUGCUAGAUGUGGUAACCUUGACCACUGCGUUAGCUUCUGCCCUCGCCUUACCUGGAACGGAAAGAAGCCGGUUAAGAUCAAGGACCUGUACUUUUACCUGGUCACUUGUCGUAAGGGUCUGCCACCAGCAAUUGCUGAGGUAGAUCCCCGGGUUAUUGAUCCAGAAAGAUGGGAAAAAGAGGUCGAUUAUCCACAGACUCCAGAGCUUGCAAGACAACGCAGACAGGGAGUUUUAAAUGGUACUCAGCCCGAAAAGUGCGAUUUAAACCUUUGGAACGAGUUGGAAAUCAACACUGGUCUGACUUUGGGGCUUCAGAUUCAUCCUGCUCACGCCCCGGGUGGCGAGCAUAGAUGUUGCGAUGCUUUAUGGUACCAUCCUUCGCAAACUCAAGAGAGCACUGGUUCAGCAUCACAGGCCGAACAGCCAAGCAGAAAAAGCAAAGCUGGCAAAGAUACGACAGACUCAAUUCUCCAUGGUACGGUAGGUGGCAGAAUUGCCAAGAUUUCACGCCAAGAGAUUCUACCUCGCGGCAGAGGCUUUGGUCGUGGCAGAGGUAUUGCAUCAAGAGGUGGUGGCUACUCUGGUGAACCUGAUCAGGCACAGCCUGCAUAUUCCCCUCCUCUUCCCUCUCAGGACGAGUACCAAGCUCUCAUAGAACUUGAAAAUAAACAAGCGGAAGAGCGACGCGAACUGAUGAGCUCCUUUCGAAAGGCGCAUACAAAGAGGCAGAUCCCACUUACCACUAUGAGCGCCCAUCAACCUGGUCCAGUUGGUGGACUUCGUGGUGCUAGAUUCGGAGGGGAUGCUGUUCCAAGACGUGGCGGUCACGGUCUAGACUAUCCUGGUCACCUACCAUCAAGAGGUAGAGGUGGUGCACCAACACGAGGAUAUCUUGGAAAUAAUUUCCUGACUAGAUCGGAGCGUCGCGCCCGCGCUUUGCAGUCGGGAAGUCAGACUUUUGGACAAGGUGGCCAAAGCCGCCAAAGCCGCCAAAGCCUGCCUCCUGGACUGCCAGCUUUGAAUUUUGGAGAGCAAGGCCUUCUACAACGUUCUGCUCGGCCGGCACAGGCUCAAGGUGGUCAAAACCUACCUGCUGGCUCACCAUCUUCAACAUUCGGGGCACAAGGUACCCCGCACCAAAAUCCAGGAAAUCCAGGAGGUGCUCCAAACCAACAGUGA